GAUCUCCGAAAAACCUUUGGGUUUCCCUUUUUUCCGUUGGCGAUUCUUCAGCAAAACUCAAAUUCAUACUCUAACGGCUCUAUAAUUAGUUCUAACCAUGCCCAGGCCGGCCCCAAACCAGAGCUCAGCCAGAGAAGACGAUUACUGCCUGAAGGAAACCUCCCCGAAUCUUGGGGGUGGAAGGCUUUCCAGAGGAGAUAAACUCACAACCGCGUUUGAUCUUGUUGAGCAAAUGCAUUAUCUAUACGUUAGGGUUGUGAAGGCGAAGGAGCUUCCAGGGAAGGAUGGCUCUGAGUCCUGUGACCCCUAUGUGGAGGUCAAGGUUGGGAAUUUCAAAGGGUUUACAAAGCACAUUGAGAAGAAAUCAAACCCUGUAUGGAGCCAGGUGUUUGCCUUUUCAAAGGACAGGUUGCAGUCCUCUUUCAUUGAAGUUUCAGUGAAGGACAAGAACGGUGGGAAGGAUGAUUUCAUGGGGGUUGUUCUGUUUGAUCUCCACGAUGUCCCGAGGCGGGUUCCUCCAGAUAGUCCAUUGGCGCCACAAUGGUAUCGGUUGGAGGAUCGGAAAGGGAGUAAGGUGAAGGGGGAAUUGAUGUUGGCUGUUUGGAUGGGGACUCAGGCAGAUGAGUCCUUCACUGAGGCUUGGCAGUCUGAUGCUGCAGGGAUUAGUGUUGAGGCCCUUGCCAGUAUUCGAUCGAAGGUCUAUGUAUCUCCUAAACUUUGGUACUUGAGGGUUAAUGUGAUUCAAGCUCAGGACUUGGUGCCUAGUGAUAGAACAAGGAAUGAAGUUUAUGUGAAGGCUGCGCUUGGGACCAUCGUUUUGAGGACUAGAUUUCCCCAGACUAGAACUAUAAAUCCAUUCUGGAAUGAGGAUUUGAUGUUUGUGGCAUCAGAGCCAUUUGAGGAGCCCUUGGUUUUGAGCGUGGAGAAUCGGGUGGCAGCCAACAAGGAAGAUACCCUGGGGAAGUGUAUGAUCUCCUUGCAGGAUGUGGAGAGGAGGCUGGAGAACAGAUCAGUGAGUGCUAAGUGGUUUAAUCUUGAGAAAAUGUCCGGUGAGCAGAAGGAGGUGAAGUUUUCCAGCAGGAUUCAUCUGAGAAUCUGCUUGGAUGGUGGAUAUCAUGUGCUUGAUGAAGCAACCCACUUCAGCACUGAUUUUAGGCCAACAAUGAAGCACCUUUGGAAGCCUAGUACUGGUGUUUUAGAACUGGGGAUAAUCAAUGCCCAUGAUUUGUUGCUUAAGGAGAAGAAGGGUGGACGUAGAAAUACUGAUGCUUAUUGUGUAGCCAAGUAUGGUCAGAAAUGGAUUCGAACGAGGACUAUCAUAGACAGCUCUUCCCCAAGAUGGAAUGAGCAGUAUACUUGGGAGGUUUUCGACCCCUGCACUGUCAUCACAGUUGGAGUUUUCGAUAAUUCUCACUUACAGGGUGGAGAUAAGGCUGCAGGCUCAAAGGAUACAAUAAUAGGGAAGGUGAGAAUUCGGCUUUCUACAUUGGAAACUGGCCGAGUUUACACACAUUCAUAUCCUCUUCUGGUUUUGGACUCCUCAGGGCUGAAGAAAAUGGGGGAAAUUCAGUUGUCUGUGAAGUUUUCAUGCUCGUCUUUGCUCAAUCUGCUGAAUGUUUAUGCUCAGCCUUUGCUACCCAAAAUGCACUAUGUCCAACCCCUGUCCAUGUAUCAGGUUGAUAGCUUAAGGCACCAGGCUACCAAGAUUGUUUCAGCAAGGCUGGGCCGAGCUGAGCCCCCUCUUAGAAAAGAGGUUGUGGAAUAUAUGCUGGAUGUGGGAUCAAACAUGUUCAGUAUGAGAAGAAGCAAGGCUAACUAUUACAGGAUUAUUGAGGUUAUAUCUGAUUUGAAGAUGGCCCUGAAAUGGUUUGAUGAGAUUUGCCUUUGGAAGAACCCUUUUACAACAGUUCUGAUCCACAUUCUGUUCUUGUUGCUGGCUCUUUUCCCUGAACUCAUUCUACCAUUAGUGUUCUUCUACCUUCUUGUCAUUGGGGUAUGGCGCUAUAGAAGGAGGCCGAGACACCCUCCUCACAUGGAGGUCAAGCUUUCCCUUCCUGAUACUGUCUUCCCUGAUGAACUGGAAGAGGAGUUUGACUCAUUUCCAACUUCACUACAAGCUGAAAUAUUAAAAAUACGAUAUGAUCGAGUCAGGAGUGUGGCAUCAAGGAUACAGACAUUGAUGGGGGACUUGGCAACUCAAGGGGAGAGGCUGCAGGCUCUACUGAGCUGGAGAGACCCCAGAGCCACAGCUCUGUGUAUGAUCUUCUGCCUCACUGCUGGUACAUUGUUUCUGUUCAUUCCUUUUCGGGUUUUUGCUGUGCUGGUAGUUUUAUAUGUGCUAAGGCAUCCAAGGCUCCGCCAUAGGAUGCCUUCUGUGCCUCUAAGCUUCUUCAAGAGGCUGCCUGCAAGAACAGACAGCAUGUUCUGA